AUGGGUAAUCCUUCAAAACCCUCAAGAUCUUUGGGCCCAGAAGCAAGUCAAGGCCCUCAAACAUCUUGGGCAUGGAGCGGUAUUUUGAAAGCUAAAGAUUUUGAUGGCCCACAUAAAGAGCAGGGAAGCGUGGAGAGCUUGAAGAUCCAUGAAGGAGUCGUGGAUGCCCUUUGCUCCAGGAAAUGUGCUUCUGAUAUACUUUGCCCAAUAUGCCAAAAAAGUCCUGAGCAUUUACUACUGUUAUGUGACUGGUCGAGGAGUAUAUGGUUUGGUUCUCCAAUUUCUUUCAUCAUGGACCCUAUGGAUAUUACCUCAUUUAAGAACUGGUGCAGGCAAUUUCUGAUUGAGAAUACCAUCUUGAGUGAUUAUGAUAAAGCAGACAUUGCCUCUCUUUGUUGGAAUAUUUGGAAGACAAGGUCUGCAUCAGUUUUCAACGCUGCCACACUUAAUCCUGUCCAUGUUUUAAGUUUAAUUAGCUCGGUUGUGGAAGAAUUUUGGAAGAUCAACCGCUCUGAGAAGUCUAAUAUCCCUGUUCAUGAGGCUUGCAUAGCUGGUUGGAUCCCACCUGAUAGUGGGAUCAUUAAAAUUACUUGUGAUGGGACUCUCUCUCUAUCUACUGGUAAGGCUGCAAUUGGUGUAAUUUGUAGAGAUAAUUUUGAUCAUUUCAUUAAAGGAUGGAGAGAACUAGUGACUGCUGACUCAAGUUUCAUGUCCAAGCUUCUUGCUUGCAAGAAGGCCAUUAUUAUUACCUCAGAUUUUAGCAAUAGCCACGCUCUGAUUGAAACUGAUUGUUUAGAGUUGUUCAAAGCCUUCUCGUGCAAAGGUACCCCUUUUUUUCCUUGGCCGCUUCAUGGUAUCGUUGGAGAUCUGUUUGCUAGUCCUGAGUUUCUUCCCUUUAUCUCCCUCUCGUUUUCUAAACACCGGAAAAUUUUGCUGCUAAUUGGCUAG